AUGCCGUUUGGCUGCGUGACGCUGGGAGACAAGAAAGAUUAUAACCAACCGUCCGAGGUGACCGACAGAUAUGACCUGGGCCAGGUCAUCAAAACGGCCACCGGCCGGGAGGUCUUCGACUGGAUCCUGGACCAAGGCUACUACUCGGAGAGGGACACCAGCAACGUCAUCAGGCAGGUGCUGGAGGCCGUCGCCUACCUGCACUCGCUCAAGAUCGUCCACAGGAACCUCAAGCUGGAGAACCUGGUGUACUAUACCCGCCUGAAGAACUCCAAGAUCGUCAUCAGCGACUUCCACCUGGCCAAGCUGGAGAAUGGGCUCAUCAAGGAGCCCUGCGGCACCCCCGAGUACCUGGCUCCGGAGGUGGUGGGGCGGCAGCGGUACGGGCGGCCGGUGGACUGCUGGGCCAUCGGCGUCAUCAUGUACAUCCUCCCGCCGUACUGGGACGACAUCUCACAGGCGGCCAAGGAGCUGGUGACGCGCCUGAUGGAGGUGGAGCAGGACCAGAGGAUCACAGCGGAGGAGGCCAUCUCCCACGAGUGGAUCUCAGGCAACGCCGCCUCCGACAAGAACAUCAAGGAUGGUGUCUGCGCCCAGAUCGAGAAGAACUUCGCCCGGGCCAAGUGGAAGGCAAAGGUAGAGUGCGCCUGCUGGAACACAGCGUUCCCGUUAGCUGCACCUCUGGACUAA